CACCUUCCCCUUGGUCAACAGAAUUCCUUAGCUGGAAUCUCUGUUCACAAACCAGUUUAAAGAGUCAAAUGGUUUUGAAAAGGAUUUUCCAAUGGUGACUUGGCACACCAGAUUAUGCCAUGUGGCAACUCUGAUUUCAAAUGUAAAAACAAUCCUUUUUCAAAACAAAUCGUUUUCUUUUGUCACUUAAUAAUAAAAACCCUUUCGAACCCAAAAUGAAUCUUUUGGAUGUUGAAAAAGGGGUGUGACAGUUACGAUGAAUAAAGAUGUUAUACUUGGACAAAAUUUUAACUACACUUAAUUCUUGAUUAUGGAGAAACUUGUUGCUUUCACCUCUUUUCUCUUGUUGCUUCAGUAUUAUGUUAUAAGCAGUUCAGCCAUGAACCAAUUUAAUAUCUCCACUGAUCAAUUAUCUCUUCUUUCCCUGAAAUCUCAAAUCAUUUCGGACCCCUUUCACUGCCUGGAUGAAAGUUGGUCUCCAGGUACAUCUAUUUGUCAUUGGGUUGGAGUCACUUGUGGCUCUCGUCACCUGAGAAGGAGAUUCUUGAAUCCUUCCAACAUGGAUCUUACAGGAGUAAUACCUAGUGAACUAGGGAACCUCACAUUUCUUGUUUCUCUUGAUUUGGUAAGCAACAAUUUCCAUGGAAAUUUGCCUCAAGAAAUGGCACACUUGCAUCGGCUUAAGUUUCUUGAUUUAAGUUUCAACAGCUUCAGCGCGGAGGUUCCCUCUUGGUUUGGGUUUUUACACCAACUUCAAGUACUAAAGCUUGGAAAUAAUAGUUUCACUGGUUCAAUCCCUUCUUCAUUUUCUAAUAUGUCCACACUUGAAACUUUGAAUCUAAAAUUCAAUUCCAUAGAGGGCCAGACACCAAAAGUGAUUGGAAGCCUUAUAAACCUUAGUAUUAAAGAUGGGGGGGAACAAGCUCAUAGGCUUUAUUCCUACGUUACUCUUGAAUGCCUCAAGGUUGGAGAGGUUAGAAUUAUCUUCUAAUUCACAUCAAGGAAACGUUCUAGAAGGGAUCAGCAGUCUUCACAACAUGAACUCGUUGGCCAUAGAAUAUAAUCAACUUACGGGUUCUAUACCAUUCACAAUUUUCAAUAUUUCUAGGAUCGAAUUCAUUGCAUUUACUGGCAAUAGCUUAUCAGGAUGUCUUCCCAAUGGUUUAUGCAAUGGUCCCCCAAUACUCAGAGGGCUUUAUCUAUCCAAAAACAAGCUUCACGGUCAUAUGCCUAUAAGCUUAUCAAAUUGUUCACAACUUCAACUCUCGGGUUUAUUGGAAAAUGAGUUUGAUGGACCAAUACAUAGUGAAAUAGGAAGAUUGAGUAACUUGCAGGUAUUAGAUCUCGGAGCCAACCAUUUCACUGGGAUAAUUCCACAAGAAAUUGGAAAUCAUAUUAAUUUGGUAGAGUUAGCCAUGGAGGAAAAUCAGACUACUGCCUCUGUCCCGAUCUCCAUAUUCAAUAUCUCCUCGCUGUGAAUUUUGUCACUGGCGCAGAACAAUCUUAGUGGAUUCUUACUAUGGGAGAUUGGCAACUUAACCAAGAUGCAACAUCUACAGAUUAGUGGAAAUAUGCUUAUAGGUGAAACACCCAAAGAGAUAAGCAAACUCGUUGAGUUGGAGGAACUUAGUCUUAGGAAUAAUAGAUUUAGUGGUUCACUUGAUAUGGAGAUCUUCAACAUAUCCGGGCUUAGUGUGAUUUCUCUUUCAGUCCACAAUUUAUCAGGAAGCCUCCCACCAAACAUAGAUUCUAUCUUACCCAUCAUUGAAGAUAGAAACUUAACCAAUCUUGUUGGAACUAUUCCUCAUUCCAUCUCCAAUUGUUCAAAACUUAAAAUCUUGAGCUUUCAAGCAACAAACUUACUGGCUUGAUUCCCAACUCACUUGGAUAUUUGACUCAUCUACAAUUACUAAAUUUAGAGGAAAACAAUUUGACUAGCGACUCUCAUUAAAAUUUCUGGAUAUAUCUUUGAACCCUCUAAAUGGCAUGCUUCUAGCCUCCAGGGGAAACCUUUCCACGUCUCUUACAAAUAUUAUCGUCAUCAGUUGUAAAAUCCAAGGGUGAAUUCCAGAUGAAGUUGGGAACUUAAGCAACUUAUUAGACCUUAGACUUUCUGGAAACAACUUGGUUGGAUCGAUUCCCACAACAAUUGGAAACUUGAGAAAGCUUGAGCGCUUCAACUUGAGUACCAACAAAUUAACAGGACUUAUUGGAGAUCAUAUAUGCAGAUUCCAGAAUUUGGGUGAUAUUUAGUUCGGUCAAAAUCAAAUUUCAGGAUUUCUUCCAUCUUGUUUAGGGAAUAUUACUUCCCUUAGGGAGAUACAUCUGGAUUCCAAUAAAUUGAGUUCCAAUAUACCACCAAGCUUAGGGAACCUUCAAGAUCUAGUGGUUCUUGACUUAUCGUCAAACAACAUGGUGGGUUCUUUACCUCCAGAAAUUGGAAAUUUAAAGGUUGUAACAAAGAUGGAUCUAUUGAUGAAUCAAUUCUCCAAUGGAAUUCCAAGAGAAAUUGGAGGAUUGCAAAAUUUGGCACACCUUUCUUUGAGACACAACUAGUUACAAGGAGCUAUAUCUGACUCAAUGAGCAACAUGGUAGGUUUGGAAUUCCUAGACCUUUCUCACAAUAAUAUAUCUGGAAUCAUUCCCAAGUCUUUGGAGAAAGUUCAAAACCUGAAGUAUUUCAAUGUUUCUUUCAACAAUUUGUAUGGUGAAAUACCCUUGGGGGAUCCUUUCAAGAAGCUCUCGAGUCAGUUUUUCAUCCACAACGAAGCAUUGUGUGGUUCUUCAAGAUUUAGUGUCCCACCAUGCCCCACUUCAUCAAAGCACAAAUCAAAUAGGAAAAAUUACUAGUUCUUUUUCUUUUGCUGGGAAUUGCACUAGUAGUUGUUCCUAGCACCUUUAUUUUUUUCUGGAUAAGGUAUAGAAAAGGUAAAAGAACUCCUCAACAAGCUGAUUCAUUGUUUGCCAUAACAAGAGAAAGAAUUUCAUACUAUGAAUCGAUCCAAGCAACUGAUGCGCUUAGCGAGAGUAAUCUGAUUGGUUCUGGAAGUUUUGGCUCUGUUUACAAAGGUGUUCUCAGAAGUGGAACUGCCAUUGCAGUUAAAGUGUUCAAUCUGCAACUACAUGCAGCAUUCAAGAGCUUUGAUACGGAAUGUGAAGUUCUGCGCAGCCUUCGCCAUAGGAAUCUCUUAAAAGUCAUUACUAGCUGUUCCAACCUUGAUUUUAAGGCUUUAGUGCUCGAGUAUAUGCCUAAUGGGAGCCUUGAGAUGUAUUUGUAUUCGCACAACUACUUCUUAGACAUCAUGAAAAGUCUAAGAAUAAUGAUAGAUGUGGCAUGUGCAUUGGAAUAUCUGCACCAUGGUUGCUCAUCGCCUGUGAUUCACUGUGAUCUGAAGCCGAGUAAUGUCUUGCUGGAUGAGGAUAUGGUUGCCCACCUAAGCGACUUUGGUAUUUCAAAACUGCUUGGUGAUGAUGAAAGUGAAUUAUACACUAAAACCUUAGCAUCAUUGGGUUAUAUUGCUCCAGAGUAUGGACAAGAUGGAUUGGUGUCUACUAAAUAUGAUGUCUAUAGUUAUGGAAUCAUGUUACUGGAAACGUUUACUAGGAGAAAGCCUAGUGAGUUUGAGGAAGAUCUUAGCUUGAAGCACUGGCAAUCCUUGCCAGUAGGCGUUUGCAUUGCAGAACGGUGAGUCUUGUAAUGGAUAAUGGAAUACCUAUAUACUUGAAAGGAAGCUCACCACUCUCAUAGGCAAGCAGAGCUAGGAUACUGCUUUUGGUAUGGUCAUUUACCCCUCCAUAAUAGACUUAACUCUUAUCUACAUUUUCCUUUAAACCAGAGGUUUCAGUGAACAUAAAGUUAGAACAAGUGGUAAUCAGAGACCUGUUCUGGUUCUGUUAUAUUAGUUAUCCGGUGGGAGCAGACCAUCAAAUGAUUUGAAUGAAAAAAAAAAAACCAUUGCAGUUUGAAAUACUCUUGUUUACAACUGUUGUCUCUCUGGUGCAAUUUUAUUUCUGUAGAUGACAUUUAUGUAUUGUGUUGACUC